AUGACUCAGUCAACUUCUCAUCGUCGUUCCCCUUCUGUUCCUCAUACCAAGUCAAAAUUGUCUCGUCCUGCUUUACAUCGGAGAGGCACUUCAGCUGUCAACGUCUCAAUCUCUAAAUUGGGCGCUGGCUCUGGCUCUGGCUCUACUGCUCGGGGAGUCAAGGACGAAGACGAAUUCGACAUGGCUGCUAGCUUCCUCAACUUUUGUGCCAUGUGCGAGGAACAAAUAACCGUCCCUAACAACUCUAUCCUAUACUGCAGUGAAAGCUGUCGCCGCAAAGACUCCUGCAAACCUCUCUCCGCCUCAAUGCCCUCAAUGACCAACAUGUCCUCCAUCUCCACAACACCUCCUCACUCUCCUCCUCUUUCCCCACGCACCAUCGUCGCCCCAAUGACGCCCACCCGCCCAAUCCCAGGCAUCCGGAUACCCGACUACAUGCAUGAUGCCAAAUCAGAUCUCGACCCCACUGAAUGGAAGCCAGUAUUACUCUCCACCCGUUCGGCUUCCCUCGCAUCCUCCGACGCCUGGAACUACCUCUCCAAAUUCCACGGUGGAAACGAGUCCCUCCUAGCCCGCCGUGCAGCCCGGAGCACCUCCAGCCUCCCCGCUCUAGUAGGCGGAGCGAACGGAGUGAACGUGCCAUCUCUGACGCACACUCCGUCUACCGUUGCGAGCUCCUUCAGCAGCAACGCAUCUGACGACCUCGCCAUGUACCAGGUUGCGUCUGGACCGGCUCAGCGCCCUCUUCCUCCGCGCCACAACCCUUACUUUGGCAGUAUGACUAGUGCUAAGAAGGGGGUUGAACUCGUUAUGCCGCAUUUCGGUAUGGAUGGCAUUCCUGUCAAGGUUGUUGAUGGUGAUCUCUGGGAGGAUGCGCAUGAGCAUGAGCGUGUGGAGAAGACGGCGCCGAUUUCUAUGGUGCGUGGCGGCGGGUCCGCGCGUGUUGGAUCGGCUUGA